UCUAAAUAUGUCGAUAUUUAUUGGGUAUGUCUCUACUUGACCCACGGUUUAGAGAUUGAUUAACUCUUAAAUCAAAUCCCUAACUUGAGUACAUGGCUAAAAUGAAGUUAAUUUAUAAUUUAUAUAGUAUAAGCUUGAAUUUAUUUAUAUGUAUUACAUACUUAUGCAAAAUUAAAUAUAUGUUUUUAUAGUUUAAUAUUUCCGUCUUUGUUACCGGUUUCCAAUCUAUACCGACAUGUUUCCGUUCGUAUUAUUUCGUUUCCAAUAUUCUUAUAUUUUCGAUAUUGAUUUCGUUUCCAACUUUACCGUUUUCGAUUUCGUUUCCGAGAAAAAUAUGGUUAUAAAAAUAGUUGAGGUUGUUUUCCGAUCACUUCCGACUGUUUUCAUUGAGCGCUAGUGCCAAGCAUAAGUUCGCUCAAUGAAGCAGUCAAGUUGCACGCAGAAAAACUUAUUGCUAAGGAAGUGACACUCUAUAUUUACAAAACUAAAAAUAGUGCAUUUAUUAUAAAUGGACUCUUAAACAUGUGAAUGUUUGGUCUACUCAUAUCACAGUGUUGCUUGUAGCUACAUAUCUCUCGUAAUAUACUAGUAAUAAUUGUUAUAAAAAAUACACUCUAAAGGAAAAGAGAAGGACUAAAACGAGGAAAUUUCAUAUUGGAUUGUGUGUCGAUUUGCUUCGAUAACAAAUAUGGUGGUGGCAAUAGUUUGAGAUCUUUUAAACAUAAUCAGAUUUUUAAGAUACUGUCUUACCUCACCCUUUCUCUUUUCCAUAAGAAAAAAAAUAAAGUUAGCUGGGUGAGCAUGUUUUUUUAUGUUCACUUGACAAAUCACCAUCCAUAAACUCUUUCUCAAGCAAUGAGAACUCUCUCUCAUCUCUCAAUUCAUAAGUCAAAAGUCAAGCCGGCCGAAAAACCCAAUUUAAAUGCUACUAGUAUAACUAACCCAUAGCCCUAGUCCCAUACACAGCGCGGAAAAUUGAUCACCAAAAAAAAAAAAAAUCCCAAACUCCCCAACCGCCAUGUCUCCUCAAGCUCUCCUCCUCGCCGCCGCCGCCGCCGCCAUCGUCGUCGCCGGCGCCGCCUCCGCGGCCGGCGGCGGCGUCCAGCCGAACGGCGCGGCGAACGACCUCCUCCCGAAGUACGGCCUCCCCAGGGGCCUCAUCCCGGACUCCGUAGCCUCCUACAGCUUCGACGAGGCCACGGGGGAGUUCGAGAUCCACCUGGCGGGGACCUGCUACGUCUGGUUCGGCUCCCACCUCGUCUACUACGAGAGGAGCGUCCGCGGCCGCCUCUCGUACGGCGCCAUCUCCGACCUCUCCGGCAUCCAGGCCAAGAAGCUCUUCCUCUGGGUCUCCGUCACCGGGAUCGUCGCGCACCCGGACCAGGGCACCGUCGAGUUCCAGGUCGGCUUCGUCUCCGAGGCGCUCCCGGCGUCGCAGUUCGACGCGGUGCCCGCCUGCGGCGCCGGCGCGCAGCUCCGCGGCGCUGCCGGGGUUAUCCGGGAGCUUGGCCUGCUCCCCGUGGCUGAGGCAUGAGCUUCUGAGUUGGGAAUCGACCUGCAGCAAACUUGAGCACCUCCGGUUCGAUGUUGUUACAAAAUAAAGAAGACGCGCCCUUGAGCUCAGGAGGCUGUGCAAGGUUUGCUGUUUAGUGUGUACGUUUUGUGUGGUUAUUUAUUUAUGAACAUGGAUGCUAUCCACAAGUCUAAGAUCAAUAUAUUUCUACCGCGCCCGGGUAGAGCUAUAGAUUAAAGUCGGACCGUGUUGUCGUCGGAUUCAUGUGAGUUCUGAUGGCAUAGGGGGUCCGAAUGCAGUGAAAAUUUGCAUGGAACUUCAUAUAUGUAGUGUAUUUAUGUGUAUGUAAAUGGCAAGUACCUGGCUACCUGCUCCCAUGUUUUAAGGAGAAGAGUUGGAUCUUGAAGUUUCAACCUCGUGGCA